GCGGCUCCCUUUAUAAGGCUUUUGAACCGCUGUGGUAAUAAGUAAUCAUAUUACCACACAUCAUCUACUCACGUCCUUCCCGCACAUGACUGUUAACCAGGUUCAUGGCAUCCCGCGUCCAGGACGGCUGCCCGAGGCAGACCCGUCGACGCUCUCCAACUACGCCAAUUUCCAAAUCACCUCCACCAACUUGAACUUCGUUAUAAACUUCACCUCCAAAACCGUUUCCGGAGACGUGACCUUCCAGCUCACCGCCGUGGCUUCCACCGAGUCCAUAGUGCUUGAUACGUCGUACUUGGACGUGCACGCGGUGUCUGUGAAUGAUGUGGCACAAGAAUUCACCAUUGGUGAAAGGACUGGUGCGUUAGGUUCACCUCUUGUGAUCUCUCGUGCUUGUGCCGUUGAUGAGGAGAUUAGUGUCCACUUAGUGUUUGUGACCACCUCUCGGUGUACGGCCUUGCAAUUUCUUGAAAAGAGUGCUACUGAUGGGAAGAAGUUCCCUUACUUGUUCUCGCAGAGCGAGGCCAUCCACUCCAGAUCGCUUUUCCCGUGUUUCGACACCCCAGCGUUGAAGUCCCCCUACACAAUGAGUGUGACUUCAUCAUUGCCUGCUGUUAUGUCGGGAUUGCCCCAAGGUGACGGUGAAAACACCGAAACUGUGGGUGAAAAAGUGUACAGAUUCACGCAGCCGGUGCCAAUUCCAUCAUAUCUUGUAGCCCUUGCAUCAGGUGACAUCCAAAAGCUUCCGGUGGGUCCCCGGUCUCACGUGUACUGUGAGUCGCCCAACUUGAAGCGGUGCCAGCACGAGUUUGAUGGAGAUGUGGAAAAGUUUCUCGAGGCAGCCGAGAAAAUCGUGUUUGGCUACGAGUGGAAGCAGUACGACGUACUUAUUUUGCCCACUGCGUUCCCGUACGGGGGCAUGGAGGUCCCCAACGUGACGUUUGCCACCCCCACGAUCGUCACCGGUGAUAAGUCCAAUGUUGAUGUGGUUGCACACGAAUUGGCUCAUUCAUGGGCAGGGAACCUCGUAACCAACUGCUCAUGGGAGCACUUCUGGCUCAACGAAGGCUGGUGUGUGUACCUUGAGAGGCGGAUCUUGGCUGAGGUGCACGGAGAUGCGGUCCGGGACUUUAUGGCCAUUAUUGGCUGGUAUGACCUUGCCAAUGCCAUCAAAGCUAUGGGAGAAAGUGCCACCCGUUUCUCAUGCUUGGUGCAAGACUUGAAGGAUGGUUCUGAUCCCGAUGAUGCGUUCUCGGUGGUUCCAUACGAAAAGGGGUCUACGUUGUUGUACUACAUCGAAACGUUAUUGGGAAAGCAAAAAUUCGAUCCCUUCAUUCCAUUCUAUUUUAACAAGUUCAAGUACAAGUCCUUGGACACCUACCAGUUCUUGGACACGUUGUACGAUUUUUUCAGCGACGACCAUGAGGUUUUGGAUCAGAUUAAUUGGGAUUCUUGGUUGUACGCACCUGGAAUGCCCCCAGUCAAACCUGAUUUUGAUACCACGUUGGCGGACCAGUGCUACCAGUUGGCGGCCCGGUGGCACACGGCCAUCGUUGAGGGGGCCAAGUUCACGGAGUUGUUCUCCCUUGACGAUCUCAAGGUGCUUGACGGGAAUCAAUCGGUGGUGUUUUUAGAGACGUUAAUUGCGUUCAACAAACAGGACGGGUUCGUCUGGGCCCACCACCGCGAUGCCCUCGAGGCGUUGGACGAAAUCUACGGCCCAAAGUACUCGCAUGAGACCAAUGCAGAGGUGUUAUCACGGUGGUACUUUCUUCAGGUUGGAGGGCACAAUCACAAGUUUUACGAAAAGUUAGGCCGGUGGUUGGGAACUGUGGGGAGAAUGAAGUUUGUGCGUCCGGGGUACGUGACACUCAAUAAGGUGGACCAUGACAUGGCGGUGAAGUACUUUCUCGAGUUUGAGCUGGGAUAUCAUCCGAUUUGCCAGGCGAUGGUGAGAAAGGAUUUGGCGUUGUGACACAUACGAUAGGGUUCCACGGGGCGACAUAUGUCCCAUAGUAUGUAUCAUGUGUAUUGUAUUCAUUAUGUCUAUUUGUU